AUGUCGCUGGCCCGGCCUGGGACCCGGGACCCCAGGCCCCUGGCGCCGCUGCUGCUGCUGCUGCCGCUGCUGCCGCCCUGGGGGUCUGCCCGUGCCCUCCCGGCCGGAACGGUGCCUUCGGAGACCCCAGGUGCCUGUGCCUCAGACCCAUGCGCUUCAGGGACAGAGUGCCAGGCUACAGAGGAUGGUGGCUACACCUGUGGGCCCCUGGAGCCCUGGGGCUGUGCCAGCCAGCCAUGCCACCACGGCGCUCUGUGUGUGCCCCAGGGUCCAGAUACCAAUGACUUCCGCUGCUACUGCGUGCCCGGAUUCCAGGGCCCACACUGUGAGCUGGACAUCGAUGAGUGUGCGUCCCGGCCCUGCCACCAUGGGGCCACUUGCCGCAACCUGGCCGACCGCUACGAGUGCCACUGCCCCCUUGGCUAUGCAGGCGUGACCUGCGAGGCUGAGGUGGACGAGUGCGCCUCGGCGCCCUGCCUGCACGGGGGCUCGUGCCUGGACGGCGUGGGCUCCUACCGCUGCGUGUGCGCGCCGGGCUACGGGGGCGCCAGCUGCCAGCUGGACCUGGACGAGUGCCAGAGCCAGCCGUGCGCGCACGGGGGCGUGUGCCACGACCUGGUCAACGGGUUCCGGUGCGACUGCGCGGGCACGGGCUACGAGGGCGCGCGCUGCGAGCAGGAGGUUCUGGAGUGCGCGUCGGCGCCCUGCGCGCACAACGCGUCCUGCCUCGAGGGCCUCGGGAGCUUCCGCUGCCUCUGCUGGCCAGGCUACAGCGGCGAGCGGUGCGAGGUGGAUGAGGACGAAUGUGCACUGGGCCCCUGCCAGCACGGGGGCCAGUGCCUGCAGCGCUCUGACCCGACCCUCUAUGGAGGCCUCCAGGCCGCCUUCCCAGGUGCCUUCAGCUUCCGCCAUGCUGCGGGCUUCCUGUGCCGCUGCCCGCCGGGCUUUGUGGGGGACGACUGCAGCGUGGAUGUAGACGAGUGUGCCUCACGGCCAUGCCUCAGUGGAGGCCUCUGCCAGGACCUGCCCAAUGGCUUCCAGUGCCACUGUCCAGAUGGCUACACAGGCCUGACAUGUCAGGAAGAUGUGGACGAAUGCCUGUCGGAGCCCUGCCUCCAUGGCGGGACCUGUGAAGACACCGUGGCGGGCUACAUCUGUCGGUGCCCAGAGGCCUGGGGUGGACAUGACUGUUCCGUGCAGCUCACCGGCUGCCAGGGCCACACUUGCCCGCUGGCUGCCACCUGCAUCCCCACCUUUGAGUCAGGGGUCCACAGUUAUGCCUGCCGCUGCCCACCUGGUACGCAUGGACCUUUUUGUGGCCAGAAUACCACCUUCUCCGUGGUGGCUGGGGGCCCUGUGUGGACUUCCGUGCCAGCUGGUGGCUCCCUGGGUCUGGAACUGAGGUUUCGUACCACGAUACCUGCUGGUGCCUUGGCUGCUCGCUCUGACACUUGGGGCAGCGUGGAGCUGGCACUGGUGGAGGCCACGCUUCAGGCCACACUCUGGAGCCACAGCAAUAAUGUGCUUGUCCUGAGGCUGCCGGACCUCCCCCUAAAUGACAGCCACUGGCACCGAGUGGGGGUGACACUCCGCCUCGGGGUCCUGGAGUUGCGGCUCUGGCACGAGGGCUGCCCUGCCCUCCUCUGCGUGGCCUCCAGUCCUGUGGCCCCGCCUCCUACGGCUUCCCCGGCCCCAACGCCUGCCGGGUUCUGCUCCAUCCAGCUGGGUGGCGCGGCCUUUGCGGGCUGCCUCCAGGAUGUGCACGUGGACGGGCACCUCCUGCUGCCUGAGGAUCUCAGCGAGAAUGUCCUCCUCGGCUGCGGGCGCCAGGAGCAGUGUCAGCCUCUGCCUUGUGCCCACGGAGGGGUCUGCGUGGACCUGUGGACUCACUUCCGCUGUGACUGCCCCCGGCCCUAUGUUGGUCCCACAUGUGCUGACGAGGUUCCUGCUGCCACCUUUGGCUUGGGGGGCACCCUGAGCUCUGCUUCAUUCCUGCUCGACCAGCUGCCAGGCCCCAACCUCACCGUGUCCUUUCUCCUCCGCACCCGGGAACCUGCUGGCCUUCUGCUCCAACUUGCCAACGAUUCAGCAGUUGGCCUGACAGUGUUUCUGAGCGAGGGCCAGAUCCAGGCUGAGGUGCUGGGCAGCCCUGCGCUGGUGCUCCCUGGGCGCUGGGAUGAUGGGCUCCGCCACCUGGUGAUGCUCAGCUUCGAGCCUGAUCAGCUGCAGGGCUUGGGGCAGCAAGUGCACGUGGGCGGGAGGCUCCUCCCUGCUGAUGCCCAGCCUUGGGGUGGGCCCUUCCGAGGCUGCAUGCAAGACCUGCGACUCAACAGCCUCCACCUCCCCUUCUUUCCACCGCUGCUGGGGAACUCCAGCUUGUCCGGUGUGCUGGGUAGCGGGCAGUCCUGGAACCUCACCAUGGGCUGUGUCUCUGAGGACAUGUGCAGUCCUCCGCCCUGUCUCAAUGGUGGAACUUGCCUUGUCACCUGGAAUGACUUCCACUGCACCUGCCCUGCCAACUUCACCGGGCCCACGUGUGCCCAGCAGCUUUGGUGUCCUGGCCAGCCCUGUCUCCCGCCUGCCACCUGCGAGGAGGUCCCUGAUGGCUUUGUCUGUGUGGCUGAGGCCACGUUCCGCGAGGGACCCCCGGCCGAAUUCAGUGGGCGCAACGCGUCAUCGGGGCGCGCGCUCAGCAGCCUCUCGGUGGCCUUCCGCACGCGAGACCCUGAAGCCGGGCUCUUGCGCGCCGCGGACGCCGCCGCCGCCGUCUGGCUGGCCGUGCGCAAUGGCUCGCUGGCGGCCGGCGUGCGCAGCGGCCCGGGCCUGCCGGGCGCGGUGCUGCCAGCGCCCGGGCCGCGCGUGGCCGACGGCGCCUGGCACCGCGUGCGCCUGGCCAUGGAGAGCCCCGCGGCCGCCGCGUCGCGCUGGCUACUGUGGCUGGACGGCACGGCGACGCCCGUGGCGCUGCGCGGCCUGGCCAGCGACCUGGACUUCCUGCGCGGCCCGGGCGCCGCGAGGGUCCUGCUGGCCGAGAACUUCACGGGCUGCCUGGGCCGAGUGGCGCUCGGCGGCCUCCCGCUGCCCUUGGCUCGUCCGCGGCCCGACGCGGACCCCGGCUCCAGGGAGACCUUCGCGGCCUGGCCCGGAGCUCCGGCCCCAAGCCUCGGCUGUCGCGGAGCGCCCGUGUGUGUCCCCUCGCCCUGCCUGCACGGCGGCGCCUGCCGCGACCUCUUCGACGACUUCGCCUGCGCCUGCGGCUCGGGCUGGGAGGGUCCGCGCUGCGAGGCCCGCGCCGACCCGUGUCGCUCGGCGCCCUGCGCCCGCGGCGCCUGCCACGCGCGCCCAGACGGCCGCUUUGAGUGCCGCUGCCCGCCUGGCUUCGCGGGCCCGCGCUGCAGGUUGCCUGUCCUGCCAGAGGGGUGCGCCCUGAACGUCACCUGCCUCAGUGGAGGCCCGUGUGAGGAUGGGCCCCAGGGUGCCAACUGCAGCUGCCAGGAGGGCUUUGCUGGCCAGAGGUGUCAGAUCCCCUGCGAAGCCAACCCCUGCUUGAAUGGUGGCACCUGCCGGGCAGCUGGUGGGGUAUAUGAAUGUAUCUGCAGUGCAAGGUUCUCAGGCCAGUUCUGCGAAGUGGUGAAGGGCCUACCGCUGCCGCUGCCGUUCCCGCUGCUGGAGGUGGCAGUGCCCGCGGCCUGUGCCUGCCUCCUCCUCCUCCUCUUGGGCCUCCUCUCAGGGAUCUUGGCGGCCAGAAAGCGCCGCCAGUCAGAGGGCACCUACAGCCCGAGCCAGCAGGAGGUGGCCGGAGCCCGCCUGGAGAUGGACAGUGUCCUCAAGGUGCCACCUGAGGAGAGACUCAUCUAG